CGGCUGUUAUGUGGUCUACGCAUUUAUCAAAAAUAUAAAUGGAAAUUUCCAAAAUAGUAACAUGAAUCCCUUUUCUAAACAAUAUAAAUUAUUUGUAUUAAUAAUAUUAUAAUGUUUUUUAUAAAACGAAAUUCUGACUUCAAGUCUUUAAAUGGGUUUAUAAGAUUUUACAGCUUUGGACGAAGGUGUCAUUAUGAUGUUCUUAAUUUGCGUAGAAAUUGUUCCGACAAAGAAAUCAAAAAUGCAUUCAUUCAGUUAAGUAAAGAAUAUCAUCCAGACAAGAAUAAAGAUGCAAAAGCACAAGAGAGAUUUGUCCAGAUUGUUGAAGCGUAUAAUAUUCUUGGCAAACCAGGCACCAGAGCUCAAUAUGACAGCAUAACUGAAGUUUCAACUGGACCCAAUUCUUACGUUUAUAAAACUCAUGUGCCUUAUAAUCUACGUAAAAAUGCACAGUACAGUUACUACUAUGAUUUCGGAUCCAAAGCACAUAGUGCGAAAGGAAAUACAAACACAUAUUAUAGUAAUGAGAGUGCCAAGAAAAUGCCCAAUUAUUAUAUAAUUUUCACAUGUAUCGGUAUCACCUUACUUGGUGCUAUCCUGCAAGGAUAUGUAAUAAGAAACAUGUAUGUCGGUCAGCGCAAGCAAGCAUUACAGAAGUCAAUGGAACUUGCUGAUGAACUCGAUAAAGUAAGGGCAGCCGCUACUGGUAACGGAAAUGAGAUGCAAACUCGAUUGCUGUUAGACAAGAUCGUAACCGCCUCCAACGCCACGGUGGCCACUGCGUCACUUGGUCACGCACUAGCAACGGACAAAAAGUGAUUCUAAUUUGUUUAUUUUAACAUCCCACAGUAAAUAGAUAAGUAGUUAAGUAGGUAAUUAUAAUUCGUAAUUCGUAACAUCUUCAGAUUUUACAUAUGACAUUACGACGACAUUUGACAUAUGUAUGUUAUUAUGACGUUUUGACAGACAAGUUUUUUUUUUUUUUAUCGUUUUGAUUUGCGAAACGCAUUAUUGCUUCCCGGCAGAAAUAGG